UGAGAGCGAGUGCAGGCGCGGCGCGCGUCCUCAGCUGCGGGCGCGGCCUUGCGAGAGCAACUGUCGCGGAGAAGUAAUCAUGGUGCGGCAAGGGCUCGCCGCCGCAGCCGAGGAGCGGCAGAGAAAGCUCCAGGAAUACCUUGCAGCCAAGGGAAAACUGAAGUGCCCAAACAGCAAGCCUUAUCUCAAAGCCAAGAGUAAUUGCCCAAAUCCUCCACCUUCUAAAUCUGCUGUUAGAUCCAAAAAGAAUGUUACUAACCACGCUGCUUUGCCUGUCAAAGCUGCGAGACCUGUCAGCAUCCGACUUCAGCCCAGACCUGCCAAUAUCCCAGGGUCCCAGGAGCCACAGUUGGAACCACUGAAGCGUCUGGGCCAAAGGCUGACUUCAGAACAUGUUUCUUCCGACCCAAAUGGUGAGCCUUCCCGGAGAAGUCAGCAGCAGCGCGGAGCUGGGUCAUCGACCGGAGAGCUUUCAGGGAAAACCGUGGGGUCACUUAACAUGCAAGAGCUGAAAGCUACAAAGCCGCAGGUGACAGAUGCAGGAAGUGCCGCGCGUGCGGAAUCUGUGGACAAGGCCCGUGGUGGGGGUGAGUCCGUGCAUGGCUGUCCACAGGACGUGAACAAGGAGAACUUGCCCCAUGCCUUCCCUCACUCUGAGAGGAAGCUGCAGCCUGGCUUCUGGGCCAGAAGUGCGCCAGAGACCGGGUCGAACCGUCAGGCCAAGAGCAGUAUGGCUCCUAAAGCCUUGGCCAGAAGCUCAAUGAAUCGUGCCGUUCUGAAAGACAGAGCUAAUGAACAGCUUGUUGGAGGAACACGGGCCAGGAUUCCCGCUGUGAAGUCACAGCAGCUCUCCAGAGGAGGAAAAGCCCCAAAGGCAGUUCCCUCUCACUGUGUUCAGACCCUUAGUAGGACUCAAGCAUCAAGGAAACCAGGGUUCAAGGAUACAAGGGAUAUGAAGGUUACUAGGGGUAAAUAUGAAAGACCGGGUGGGGCGAAGUUACCGUCACCUGCUGCUGCUGAACAGAGAGCAGAGCAGAGCAGACCCAGGACAGGCCCCGGCCUGCUGCGGCAUCCACAUGUUGGGCAAGACCGCAAGCCCCCUCAACCCCCGUCCAGGCCCCUGGCACCAUGUGUGCCACACAGGUCCAGCGCCAUCCGCCAAAGGCCUGACCUGGCACCUGGCAGCUUUACCUCAGUCACUGCCAGCGCCCCAAGCUCAAGAGCGUGUGCAGCCAGUGCGAUUAAACACAGCAGCUGUCCACAGAAAGCAGGGACCCAGUGGGAAAGGGCUCCCCCGCAGAACCAUGGCCUACACAAGCCAGCUCCCAAAACUCACGCCGGCGGCACAACCGUACAUGGAACGGGAGUCCCAGGUGGGACCCAAACAAGCCCGGGUACUAAGAGAAAGACUGCAGCAGAGGAUCGAAGGAAACAGCUGGAAGAAUGGCAGAAAUCCAAGGGGAAAAUGUAUAAACGGCCUCCUAUGGAACUUAAAACAAAAAGAAAAAUCAUAGAGGAAAUGAAUAUUUCAUUCUGGAAGAGCAUGGAAAAAGAAGAGGAAGAACAGAAAGCCCAACGUGAACUGUCCAGUAAAAUCAGCAGUACUCUGACCGAGUGUCUGCAGCUCAUCGAAGGGGGUGUACUUUCCAAUGAAGUAUUUACCAUCUUGUCCAGUAUUCCUGAGGCUGAAAAAUUUGCUAAGUUCUGGAUCUGCAAAGCAAAGUUCUUGGCAAGUAAAGGCACCUUUGAUGUCGUUGGGCUGUACGAAGAGGCCAUAAGAAAUGGGGCAACUCCAAUACAAGAAUUGCGGGACGUUGUUCUUAAGAUCUUGCAAGACCCAAAGAGAGCCACAGACGGAACGACCUCUACGUCUUCAGCUGCUGAAACUCACAGGACAUCGAUACCGGAGCUGGCCGGCGAGAUGGAGCCUGGAAAGUCUUGUCUUUCUCCAAAAGGGAGGGAGCAGGCCCCAGCAACACCCCAGAAACCCAAGGCAGAACAGGGUGGCCAUUCUGGUAUCAAGUUACAGGUGGCCCCCCUCCCCAGGGUGAGCGGGAUGGCUGAAGUGCAGGACCUAAAGCUGGUCACCCCCGUCCGGCGUUCAGCGAGGAUCGAGCGAGCCGUGUCCCACUACCCAGAGCUGCUGCGGGAGCACGACAUGGUGGUGGCGUCUCUUGAUGAGCUCCUGGAAAUGGAGGACACGGAGUGCUUCGUGUUCCGCAGAAACGAGGCCCUGCCCGUGACCCUGGGGUUCCAGAGCCUUGAAUCAUAACUUUGACACUUCUUGUUAAGAGUGCGUUUCAGCCUCCGUGAGACAAGUCACAUCCUCUUCCAGCCGGCCUGGGACUUGGGAAGUCACUCACUGGGCUCCCUCUCAAGGGUGUCCCAUAGGAAGGCCUCCAGCUUACUUAUGCAAGGCAGUAGAAACCUCACCCUGAAUGCGGUUUGCCCAUAAGCGUGCAGGGGACUGGGCGUGGCCUUUCCUUCCUGCAUCCACCUCCGCAGACGGGCCACGCCAGACCCUCUGGUCAAGUCCCCUCAUUUCACAGAUGAGUUUGCACCGCUCUGCCUUUGCUCAGAAAUUGCAGAUGAUGGAUGUGUGACCUUUGACUUCCGUCACCAUGUCCCUGUGGUGAGGGGUGACUCACGCCCUUCCUGUCCCAGGUCUCCUCUAAAGAAAUGCACCCCUAAAUUUGGACGACAUCUAGCUUCUUAUACCCACACCUAACCUUGCAGAAAUGCUUCAAAUAAAAGCUGGUAGCGGGGGUGGGAGGACACCACAUCCACACUUCAGCUCUUCCCUGGACCCUGGGCCUGAGAAGGCCACAUGAGCUCCACACUCCAGGCUGCCGUCCCAGCUCUCCGGGCAGCUGGCUGCCCUCGGAAAGGAACAAUCAGAAUCGUUAUGUAAAUAUGUAUAGAAACGCUUGUCAACAUACUUGACGUUUUAAUUUUCUUCAUAUUUAAAUAUUCACCAAAAAAGACAAUUAAAUUUUGUUUAUUCCUGCUUA